AUGCUCUUUGCCAGUACGAACUGUAAUGUCACUUCAAAUAAUGGCGUCCGGAAGUAUCCGCGUCAGCUGUCAGCGAUCCUAGCCGGCGGUACAGGAUACAAUCUUUUUUAUGGAACGCCUCCAACGUCGUGCUCCUCGCCGACUUCUCCCGAUCAAAGGAUGGCACUCUGCUCCCGUUCAGUGUCGAGCGGUUCGUCCAAUAUCUCCACCGUGAGCGCCUCAUCGGGCACGCGGCAACGAAAACGCCGGGUCCUCUUCAGCCAAGCCCAGGUGAUCGAACUGGAGCGGCGAUUUCGGCAGCAGCGAUACCUGUCUGCUCAGGAGAGAGAGCAGCUUGCGAAUCUUAUCCACCUGACGCCUACGCAGGUGAAAAUAUGGUUCCAGAAUCAUCGAUACAAAUGCAAACGACAUGCCAGAGAGCGUCUCUCGAUGGCAUCGACAUCAAAUCAGAUUGUGCCGGUCCAGAGCGGCGUCGAAGACUUCUUAGAUGAUAAAAAGCCUUUGCUAAUGCCCAUGCUCGUCAAGGAUAUGAACAGCAACAAAAUAUACGCUCGCACGGUGUCAACAGAUCACGCAGACCCUGGAGACUUGGCUGGUGGGCUUGAUCCGAUGCACAUCUACUCCGCCAGACCUGGUUUCUCUGGCUUGCAUUCUGGGAAAGACGUAUCCCACAACGGAGUUUCUUCGUCGAGCUUCGCCCACCAUAAACACUGGUGA